AUGGAAGCCCUAAAAGACCCAGUGAGUGUAAGAGUGGCCCGGCUUAACGCGGAAUUCACAAGAUUACCAAAAAACGUCAAUAAAACCAGUUUACUAAACCGUGAAACAAUUUUGGAUGCUUUGCAAGUUUUAUAUGAGGAAUGCAACAACGAAAACUUGCAAAAGACCGACUCUAAUAUAGCAGAAUUUGUUAAAAAAUUUAAAAAUGCUAUCAAGGAAGUUCGGGCUUUACGUGUUAACAUUUGUGACUUCGAGAUCAAGAAUAUUAUUGGCUGUGGUCACUUUGGUGAAGUUCAUGUAGUCAAAGAAAAACAAACCAAUGACAUCUAUGCAAUGAAAACUAUUAGGAAAUUCGACAAUAGCACUAAAAAAACAUCCUUUGAAGAAGAACGCAAUAUUAUGGCAUUCUCCAACUCCCCAUGGCUAACCAGUUUACAAUACUCAUUUCAAGACAGCUCCUAUUUAUUUUACAUCAUGGAUUACCAUCCUGGCGGAGAUCUUCUAGGCCUUCUACAUAGAAAAGGAGGUUCCUUACCUGAAAGCGCAGCUCUUUUUUACAUAGCAGAACUAAUUUUGGCUUUAGACGAUUUACAUAAUAUGGGAUAUGUUCACAGAGACAUUAAACCAGAUAAUAUUUUACUGGAUAGGUGUGGCCAUUUGAAACUUGCUGAUUUUGGUUCAGCAGCUAAAUUAGAUAAGGACAAGCUGGUUAAAGCAGGACCACCUGUAGGGACACCUGAUUAUAUUGCUCCGGAGGUUUUGCAGUGUUUGGAUAAUAAUAAUCCUGGCUAUGGGAUUUCCUGUGACUUUUGGUCAUUGGGAGUUUUAGCCUAUGAGCUCACAAUAGGCCAUCCGCCGUUUCAAGGGCAAAAUUCUACAGCCAUAUAUUCAAAAAUUAUGAAUUUUCCCAGCAAUUUGAAAUUUCCUAGCGAUUUGGUUUUGAGUCAAGGAUUUGUUAGUUUUAUCAAAGCUCUGAUCACAGAUGUCAAAACUCGCCUAAAGCCCGAAAAAAUCAAAUCACAUUCUCUUUUUAAAGAAACAAAUUUUAAUACUCUAAGAGAUCAAGUGCCUCCGUACGUACCGAAAAUAUUAUCAAUUGAAGAUACAAGCAACUUUACAGACAUACAAGCUAAAAAGAAACAUUUAAGCAUAGAAAACUUCAAGAGAAGAUCUCAGUUUUCAGGAAGGAAUUUACCUUUUGUUGGUUUUACAUUUACGCCCGAUCCGCAAGUCAUGUUUGAGCCGAAUUUACAAAGACAAAACAAUGAAUUAGUUAACAGCCUAAAAUCAGAAGUUGAAAAUUUGAAAAUGGAAAAAUCAAAAAAUGAAGACUUUAGCAAAGACAAAGAAAGCGUUGAGAAAAAAUUAGAACAAACAUCAAUAAAGCUACAAGGGCUUGAAGCCUUAAGAGAUAAAUUAGAAAAACAAGUAGCAGAGAGUAUGGCUGAAUCCGCUGCAGUCAAACGAACAUUAGAAAUAGAACGCAAAGAACGUUCUAACUUAGAAAAAAAGGCUUUAGAUUUAAUUAAAGGUGCCAAACUUAAAUGGGAAUUAGCUGAAAAAAGCAAAAUUGGGGCCUUGGAUUUGGAAAUAAAGCAAUUGAAAGCCAAAAUUGAUCAGAUGACUCAUACAAAUCAAAUGUUGGAUGAACAGUUGCUUCAUGUGCGUAAAAUGGAAGAAAGAAAUCGUCAAUCCUUGGAAACUGAAAAAAGUUUGGGAAGAAGAAGUGUAGUAGGGCUCGAAAAUUUACUGGAAAAAGUCAAUAAUGAGCGUCAAAUAAGAAUUUCAGAAUUACAAAUUAAACUAAAUGAGGAACAAUCCCAAAAAUCAGAUUUAGAAUUUAAAAUUCAAUCUUUAGAAAAAUCUUUAGAACAAAAGGAUAUUGCUUUUAAUAAAUCCCAAGAAAAAUUGAAAAGUAACCAAAUUGAGCAUGAUGAUUUAAAAAACAGACUUCAAAACAAUGAAGUUUUCAUUAAGGAGUUAAAUGAUAAAGUUAACGAGCUGGAAUAUGAAUUAAUAAGAAUUGAUGAAUAUGAAUCUGAAAUUGAGUCUUUAAGACACAAAUUUGAAGAUAGCCAAAAAACAAUUAAAGAUUUGCAAAAUAAAAUUGUCAGUUUGCAACAGGAUUCCAAUAAUUUAGAUCAUCAUAAACAAGAAUGCGAAAAUUUAAAAAAGAAUAUGCUUGAAAUGCAAACCAACUUUAAUAUUUUGGAAAAAAAAUUAGAACAGGAGAAAGAAGAUAGUAAAACUUUAAAGAAACGAUUAGAAGAAGCUGAAAGUGCAGAAACAAAAACACAAGAAUUACGGGAGAAGAAUUUACAGUUUUACAAAAUGCAAAAGGAACUGUCGGAUUGUAAAAUCGAUAAAAGGAUUUUGGAACGUGAAUUAAAGGAGGCCAAAAUGGAAAUCAAGCAGCAUCAAGAAAAAUUAGCUGAUUUUGAAAAAGUUUUAGCCGAAUCUAAGUCAUGUCAUGAAAAAGCUCUACUAGAACUGUCGCAUAUGAAUGAAAACGUUUAUACGGAAUUAGUUAGGUCAAAAGAAAAUAUUAAAAAUUUACAGGAGCAAUUGCAAAAUGAAAAGGGCAAAAACUGUGAUGAGAAAAGCAUCAUAAAUGAAAUGAAAUCUUUACUUGCAGCCAAAGACAAUGGAAUUCAAAACUUGGAACACACAAUUAGAGAUUUGCAAAAUCAAAAUGUCACUAUAAGUAAAAGGUGUGAAAAUGAAGAGAAAGCCAAAGCAAAUAUGGCAGAGGCAUUUGAAGUAGUCCAGAAAGACAAAGCUAAACUGUUGGAUAAAAUUGAAGAACUAAAUACGAAUGUAUCCCAACUUACAGUGAACAGAGAUGCUUUACGUGAAGCCUGCAUCCUUCUAGAAAGCCAAGUAAAAGAAUACGAAAAUUUAGUAGAAAUCAGCAAAACUAAGCAAUCAGAACUUAGUGGAAAUACAGAAAAACUGAUUGCCGAUCUUUGUCAAGCCCGAAGUGAAACCCAGGAAGCUAGAAGGCAAAUUAACGAACAGAAAUCCCUGAAAGCUGUGGCCGAACAGAAAAAUAAACGCCUGCAGGAAGACAUUGAUUGCCUUACCAAGGAAUGCACUGACUACAAGUCUCAAUGUAUGGAAUAUAAGCAAUUUUCUCAUGGCUUAUCUGAAGAAUUAACAGGUGUUGAAGAAAAAUUAAGCAAUUCUGAAGUCACUUUGAAAUCUUAUGAAAGAAAAAUUGAAAAAUUGUCAUCGGAAAAUAGAAUUCUAAAAGAAGAAAUAUCUGAUCAUUUAACUAAUAUAAGUCACCUAAGAGACUCUAAGUAUAGGUUGUCUCAUCAGGUGGAUGAUUUAAAGAAAAACGUUGCAUCCUUGGUGGCCAGAAUCCAUGAAUUGGAAUCAACUUUACAAGAAAAAAUGAAUUAUUUUAGAGAGAGGGAGGUGAAAGCUGAGUCUAGAGACCAACAACAUCUUAAGCUGAUUGAUUAUCUUCAAUCUAAGAUUGAAGAACAGUCUCAUAAAAAAAAGUCCUUCACAGAGGUCAUAUUUGGAAGUUCGAAAAAAGAGAACCAACCGCCAAUUUCGUUGGCCUUGAACUACAAGGAUUUGGAAACGGAACUGAUAAAGGAAAAAGAAAGCAACAAAAAAUUGAAAGAGGAAGUUGUCAAACUAAAAGCUGCAACUAUGAGCGAAAUAUAUACUGAUAAAGUAUCAAAAAUGGAAAAGUCUAAAGUUGACGUACUAACACCUAACAGUAAAGCAGCCUUAAGUCAAAUUGUGGUUUCACCGACGUCAAGACAAAAUUCUUCGAGGAGGAUGCAUUAUAGUAUACCUCAUAGGCUAGAAAAAGAGAUCAACACCAAAACAAGCAAAUGUCCAAAAUGCGGAGUAGUAAUUCCCAUCGGUACAAUUCAGCAGGCUUGCAAAGAAUGCAAAAUAGCUUGUCACACUUAUUGUGCUGACUGGCUCCCAAAAACAUGCGGUAUUCCUAAAGGGUUUAUAGACCAUUACAAGGAAACUGUAAAAGACUCUGAAAAUGCAGCAAUGAAUGAGAAAAAGGAGAUUCAAGAGUCUGUAUUUGAGGGAUGGAUUAAAGUACCAUGUACCAAAUCCAACUCCUGGGAAAAGCGUUACGCGCGUCUAACAGAGACUUCUUUAGAUAUCUACACUCAAAAUCCCAAGGAAAAUAUCACUUUAGCAGCAUUGGAGAGUUUUCCUUUGAAACCAGAAGGAACACGAGGCAAUGUGAUACUCGAACCAACUCACUCUGAAAUCGGUUUACCAGUAGCCAACAGUGACUUACCUUUCAUAAUGAAAGUUGAAGUCACUCCUGAGACUACAUGUUGGCCUUCCAAGUGCGUUAUUUUUAUGGCACUUAGUGCCAAAGAAAAAGAUAGCUGGUUUUCAGCUCUUCAAAAACACUUUGCCACUGAACCCUUAGGCUCCAAACUGGAAACUCUUAUGAAAUUACCAGAAGGAUUGUCUGUUAACUGUCUUGUGGAACUUACCAAUAAUAUUAGGGUUUUGGGCACGGAUCAAGGACUGUAUUCUUAUUAUGAGAAUAAUUUGUUACGGAUUGAAGGUGUUAGCAAAGUUGAACAGAUAAUUCAAUUUUCACCAGCAAACGCAGUACUCAUGAUAGCAGGACCAAAAUCAUCACUUAUUUCUUGUGACGUAAACCAUCUGAUCAAUUUAAGUCAGUGCGCUUCUUGCACUAAACCGACACUCAAAUACAAGGAUAUUACUGUAAAUAAUUUAAAUGGAUUUCAUAUAUUACAGGUUUCUAAGCAAAAAAAAUUGGGCAUCGCCACUGUUAAGCAAGUAAUAAUCCUGGACUAUUUCUAUGAAACAAACGAGUUUAUUCCGAUCAGAAUUCUGGAUACAGCAAAACCAACAAGUUGCCUGUUGUUCACUGAAAAUAGCUUAAUUGUUGGGGCGGAUAAAUUCUUUGAGAUUGACUUAAAAUCGUUCCAAGGGGAAGAAUUUUUAGAUGCUUCUGAUAUUAAUCUAAAACAAGUCUUGAAAUGUUACAAAAUUGGCAGUUUUCCUUUAAACAUUUUAGAAGUUUCAAAUAAGCCCAAAGAAUAUUUGCUAUCGUUUAAUGAAUUUUCAAUAUUUGUUGACGAAUAUGGACGGUCUUCAAGACAAAAAGAAAUAAAAAACGAACAUCUUCCAUUAUCAAUGCAUUUAUUGAAAAACUAUUUAUACAUAAUACAAUUCGGUGCCAUUGAAAUCCUUAAAAUUACCCAAGACACUUGUAAUAAUUCAACCGAAUUGGACAAAUACAGGAUGGAAUUAAAUCAAUUCAAAUAUUUAGGAGCAAAUUCCAGAGGGAUUUUCAUCAAACAGAAUGGAGAAGUUAAAUUUUUGAAUGUCAGAAAUUUGCCAGAUUUUGAUGCCGUUUCACUUGUGUCUGAAAGUACCGAGCAAGAAAACGAAUCAAAUCAUAGUCAGUUUAGUUUUACUAGUUCAAUGGUGCAAAGUUUGGAUGGGAAUCUAAGCGAUUCUGGUUCUGAGCAGGAUCUGAGGAGGAAAGUUAAAUUUGAUCAGACUGAUUUUUGA